CCACACCUGGUUGACUCAACCACGACUCUUCCGACUCAAAGCAGCCAUGACGACGCCGUGCCGGACCAUUAACGCAAAUGCUAUCGCCGCACCAUCGUCUUCGGGAUUGAUCUUCAACGGGUUUCGAGAUUUUGUUCCGAUUGAGAAGAGGGUUGUUAUAUCAAACUCUCGUGGCUUGAAAUUACCGUUGAGGACAACGAAGACGGUUACGAGCUCUGCUUGGCGUUGGAGUUAUAGGUCUCCAGGAAGAUUGCUCUCUUCGCGCUCUGCGUCUACGUCUACGUCUGUAGCUGUAACAUCGAAUUCUGCGAAUAGAUUUGAAGUUUUAGAAGAGGGGAUUGAGAAGGUCAUUUAUAGUUGUCGAUUUAUGACGUUUCUUGGAACAUUAGGAUCUUUGCUCGGAUCGGUUCUCUGUUUCAUCAAGGGAUGUAUGUAUGUUGUAGACUCGUUUUUGCAGUAUUCGGUGAAUCGUGGGAAGGUGAUAUUCCUUUUGGUUGAGGCCAUAGAUAUAUAUCUCCUAGGAACUGUGAUGUUGGUCGAGUCUCUUUGGCAUGUUCACUUUAAAGGAGCGACCUCAAUGGUUAGAGGUGAAAUCGGUGAGCCAGCUGAAAACGAAGCUGGGACAUGUAAUAGUGAUGCUACUAUUGAUUGGUUUGUUUGACAAGAGCAAGAAAAUAGUCAUAACUUCUGUCACGGAUUUGCUAUGUAUCUCUGUUUCUAUCUUUUUUUCUUCUGCUUGUCUCUUCUUGCUCUCUAGGCUCAAUGGGUCACAUUGAGUUAAUGGUUUUGUCCCAAAACAAAAUAAACUUUGUAUGUUGUG